AUGACUAAGGUUAACACCUCAUUUAUUGAGGAGUGCGAAAGCGCUCCCCGUUUGACCAACCUGGCCAAUUUCUUUUCCUCCACUGCUGCCGGUCGCUCGAACAGGCCCGUGAAGAAAAUACAGGCAGAUAAACGAUUGCUGCUUGCCGAUGAACAGAUGGACAGAGUAGUCGAUCUCUUCGCACAGCGUGGAGGACCCUUUGAUCAACACUACUUUGGCAGCAUUCCCUAUAGACUCGAGGACGACUGCAGACUCACAUAUGCCAUCCUCCAGUACACUCAAACAAAACCAGGAUCGCUCAAUCUGUAUACCCUGGGAAGUGCCGAGGGCACCAUGGCCCGUGUACUUGGGGAGCUGGCAGAUGGGCGCAUUGAAGGUCUAGCAUGUAGUCCGACUGUUGAGAAUCAUCAAGCCUUUCUUGCUCACGGAGAUCCUCCGAAUGCUUCAUUUUUCGUUGGCCCGUUUCAUCAUCUCACUAAAGAGGUGAUGCAAACCCGUGAUGACUUGAGAAAAUUCACUGCUGGCUUUGAUAUCAUUCUGGAAGACACCACCUUUCAGAUGUACUCAGCGAAUCGAAUGGAUCAGAUUGAAUUCGUAUCGCAGCAUCUGAAGGAGAAUGGUUUAUUUCUUUUCCUAGAAAAGUUCAGACACCCGGACGAGGAGGAAUACCAGCGGCGCGAGCAGCAGAAAGAUUAUGGUUACAAGAGUCGCUAUUUUAGUCGCGAUGCUGUCCUGGCAAAGAGCAAAGAGGUUCUCACAUCCAUGAAUCCGAACGAGGUGAUGCUCGAAGAUAUGGCCAAAACCAUUCGCUCUUUCUUCAGUCACUGCUACAUGAUCUGGAACAGUGGCAAUUUUUACACUCUUAUUGCAAGCAAUAGCCUGCCCAACCUCAACUCCUUCAUGGCCGGUCUAAUUGAACCCGCUAUUCCUGGCGAGUUCGUGUAUGAUAAAAUCCCUCAAUCUCUGUUUAACGAUCACGGUUCAAAGAUGCGGGCCUUAAUAUAG